AAGAAAUACUAUAUAAAUAUUCUUUCCGACAAUCAAUUCAAUACUCCGUAAAUUAUAUUCACAUACUCAAGUAUACACUGAAUAAACAAAUAAUAUAAUUCUCCCCACUCAAUUUUUUUUAUACCUAUAUAAUACCAAUACAAGAACACACCAAAAACAUAUCAAUCAAAAGAAAGCUAAAAUAAAUAGAAAAAAAAAGAAAGAAUUAAAUCAUGGCCAUCAAAAUGCAACGUUCAUCAGCCAAGUAUGUAUUGCAACACCGCCAAAUCAUCACACGCAGUAACUACAAAACCAAAAUAAUCAAGGCCACGUCAUCGCCAUGCGACGUGUUCAUCAACCACAGAGGCACUGACACGAAGCGAACGGUGGUCUCGUUGCUGUACGACCAUUUCUGCCGGAUCAAUCUCCGGCCUUUUCUAGACAACAAGAACAUGAAACCUGGCGACAGAUUGUUCGAAAAAAUCGACGCUGCGAUAAAGGGGUGCAAGAUUGGCCUCGUUAUUUUUUCGCCUCGUUAUUGCGAGUCUUAUUUUUGCCUUCAUGAGCUGGCACUGAUGACGGAGCUUAAUAAGAAAACGAUUCCGAUUUUUUGUGACGUUAAGCCGUCGGAGCUUAAAGUGGUGCGUGACGGAAGAAUGACGUCGGAGGAGUUUCGGAGGUUCGAUAUGGCUUUGGAAGAGGCUAAGUAUACCGUCGGGCUCACCUUCGACUCUCACAAAGGGUAAUUAUUU